GCCGCGGUCGAGGCACAGCAUGGACUGGAGGGUAGUCAAGCCGCCGGGACAGGAUUUGGUAGUGGAGCGUCUUAAAACCCGCUACGGACUCAGGGACAGUUGCCCUGGCGAGUAUGAUUUUUCAAAUUUUGAUCAAGCUAAAUGUAAAAGAAGAUCUCUAACCUCCCCAGAUGAUUUGGAUAUCUAUUCAUCUGGAGAUAAAGUUGUUUCACCAUUAAGAUGUUAUUCUGCUGAAAGCAAGCAUUGUACAACACGUUUUUGCAGUUCAUUCAAGCAUUUAAAUAUGAAUUGCCUAGAUGAUGAAUUGGAUUCUUUUCAUGAUUUGAAGAAACAGGAAACAGAAGAAGAGUUAAUUGAGAAUAAUCAUAGAGUUAGUACGUCCAAAAUAACCAAGCAAUCUUUUAAAGAAAUAGAAAAAGUUGCCCUGCCAACUAAUACGGCCUCAGCAAGACCUCAGAAUGAAUGUUGGAGUGCUGCAAGUGACUCUCCUUUGAAACCUGUCAGUUCCCCAAAAUCCAAAGCAUCAAACAAACAGAGUUUACUUCCACAUCAAGUCAGUCAGAUAUAUGAUGAAUUAUUUCAAAUACAUCUGAAACUGCAGUGUGAAACUGCAGCGCAACAGAAAUUUGCUGAAGAACUUCAAAAGCGAGAACGUUUUUUACUUGAAAGAGAACAGUUGCUUUUCAGACAUGAAAAUGCCUUGAGUAAAAUUAAAGGUGUUGAAGAAGAGGUUCUUACAAGAUUUCAAAUUAUAAAGGAGUUAAACGAAGUAAGUGAAGAAAACAGGAAGAUGGAGAUUCAGGCUAAAAGAGUUCAAGCUCGUUUAGAUAAUUUACAGAGGAAGUAUGAAUUUAUGACAAUACAGAGAUUGAAAGGAAAUUCCCAUGCUGCUCAUGAAGUGAAAAGUGUAAAACAAGAAAAAGUACCAGUUUCAAAAACUUACAAGCUUUUGCCUGUGAUGACAGAGCAGCUACAGUGGAUGCCAUUUGUGAAUGCCAAACUUCACGAGCCCUUUGUAAAAUUUAUAUAUUGGUCACUAAGGCAGCUAGAUGCUGGAACACAGCAUUCAACUAUGACAUCAACAUUGAGGAGAUUGGGUGAAGACAUAUUUAAAGGAGUAGUAACUAAAGGAAAUCAGGAUAAUUUUUUAGAGCAUUCUGUGGAGAAUAAACCAAAGACAACUGCUUUCUUUAAGAGCUCCAAUUUGCCACUGAGAUUUUUAUCAACAUUAAUUGUUCUCAAAACAGUCACUCAAGCUGAUUACCUGGCUCAGGCAUUUGAUUCUCUUUGUUUGGACUUGAAGACAGACGAAGGAAAAACCUUGUUUUUGGGAUAUCAAGCUGUUCCAGUAGUAUUGAGUCAUCUAAAAAUAUCCAGUAAAGGACUCCUGUCCAAUGUCAUUGAUAGUUUGCUUCAGAUGACAGUGGAAUCUAAAUUCUUGCAGCCUUUCCUGGAAGCCUGUAGCAACACUUUAUUUUUUCGUACUUGCUCCGUGCUGCUUCGAACCCCUAAGCUUGAUCUUCACAUACUAGAAAAGCUCAGUAUUAUUCUACAGAAACUUUCGAAAAUCAAGAGUAAUAAGAAGCUCUUUGAACUUUUUACAAUUCAUCUGAUGCUUCAAGAAAUACAAAGGACAACACAUCCAGAGCAUGCCUUUCUCUGUAUUAAUCUAAAUUCAACUCUGUUCAAUUUGGGUUUAACAAAAUGCAACUCCCUAGCCUCCAAUGCAAGCCAUUAG